AUGAGUCAACCUAUAUUCCCACGAUUGUCCUUCCACGAAUGGUACCAAGUUUUAUAUGGAUUUUGGCCAUAUAAACCAGAAUUUACUGAGAAGAAUAUUCCAGAACUGUAUUUAAAAGAUAAAGUAGUGAUUAUCACUGGCGGUAAUAGCGGCAUUGGCUACGAAACUGCAAAAUUAUUAGCUGGUAAUACCGAUGCCAGAAUUUAUAUAUGGGCCAGAAAUGAAAACAAAUCAAUUGAUGCCAUAAAUAAGAUCAAGUUAGAGAUAGCUGAAAAGUAUCUGAAAACAACAGACAAUCUCAAGUUUAUCCAGGUCGAUCUAAGUGAUUUAAAUUCAAUAAAACCUGCCGUGGACAAAUUCCUUACUCUUGAAGAUAGAUUAGAUAUAAUUUUCCAUAAUGCUGGAGUAAUGGAAUGUCCAGAAUCUAUGAAGACCAAACAAGGUUAUCAAAUGGAACUUGGUACAAACUGUUUAGGUCCUCAAUUGUUACAGAAUCUCCUUGAUCCAGUAUUUUUAAAAACUGCAAGAACAAAUCCUGAUAAUUUAUCUAGAAUAGUUUGGCUAAGUUCCAGUGCCCAUAUGUUUUCCCCAUUAGGUGGUAUGCAUUUAUCGGAUCCAGAAUUCAAAAGUACAGAUGUUACUUUGAAAACGAAAUACUGUCAAAGUAAAACCAUUAAUUUAAUUCAAGCAAGACAAUGGAAUAUCAAUCAUCCAUAUUCAAAGGCAAUCAGUAUUUCUAUUUGUCCUGGAUAUUUGAAAACCGGAAUACAAAGACAUAUCGGCGGAUUCAGAAAGUUUGGAUACGAUUUAUUGUUUCAUGAUCAAAAAUUUGGUGCGUAUACAUUAUUAUUUGCUGGAUUAUCUCCAGACGUUACUAUACGUAAUAAGGGUGAUCAUAUUAUAUCAUUUGGUAGAUUUGGAUUGAUUAGAAGUGACUUGAAAGACGAUGAUUAUGGGAAAAAGAUCAUGAAUUAUAUAGACGAACAAAUAAAACAAUACAAAUAG